UCCUUUUAACCACAUGCUCUGUCCAUGGAAAGCAAUAGGACAAGGUUCCCAGCCUUCAAUAAAUAUAUAAUUUCUUUAAAACAAAUCGAUAUGUACAUUCACGCCUGCGGACUGGGAGGCGGAACUUUCCUUGCCUAGCCGAGCGGACGGGUUUCCUGAAACACAGGAAGCGGAAGCAGCAUGCCGGCGGACUGACAGGAAGUGAGUGGGUUGCUAGUCUAUUGUGCCACAGCGCUAGUGAGAACCUACAGUGCAAUGCAGGACAAGAGGCAGAGAGCGCGGGUGCAGGGAGGUUGGGCAGGAGCUGCCGGACCGGCAAAUCGACCAGCGAUGCCCUCGGCUCAGAGACCCCAGACGUGGGGCAAAGAACAGCCCCCCCAAGAGAAGCAUUUUGUCUACGAGAAACCCCCAGAGGUGCUGCGCAGAGUUCAGGAACCCAAAGUGAUCGAUGCCGCUGGAACCCAUGAGAUUAGUGUGUCUCCCUCUGGGGUUUCCAGGCUGCGCUUGUUCCCCUCCUUUAUUGACCCCCGAGAAGCCGAUUGGAUGUUUGAGCAGCUGCAGCGGGAGAUCCCCUGGAGACAGAAAACCAACGUGGGCCCAGAUGGAUCUUACCAUGAACCCCGUCUGACUUGCUGGUAUGGGGAGGUGCCGUAUACUUACUCUCACUCUACGAUGCAAGCGAACCCCCAUUGGCACCCGCUACUCAACAUGCUGAAAGACCGCAUCGAGGAGGUGACGGGGUACAACUUCAACUCUCUGCUCUGCAACCUCUACAGACACGACAAGGACAGCAUAGACUGGCACAGCGACGACGAGCCGGCCCUGGGCACGAACCCCAUCAUUGCCUCCCUCAGUUUUGGGGAGACCCGCAACUUCCAGAUGAGAAAGAAGCCGCCACCUGAGGAGCGGGGGGAUUACACAUACGUGGAGCGUGUGCAUGUGCCGCUGGAUCACGGGACCCUGUUGCUGAUGGAGGGGGCCACACAGGAAGACUGGCAGCACCGAGUCCCCAAGGAAUAUCACGACAGGAGACCCCGGAUUAACCUGACUUUUCGUACCAUGUACCCCCAACCGCCAGCUCCCAGUCACUGAAAUCUGCCCAAUCACUGACGAGAUGGUGGAACGAGACGGCGCAUCUCCCGUCAUUAUAUAAGGAAUCUGGUGCUUGUGGAUUCGUGUGAAUGGCUGGGGGGGAUCCCCUUUUCUGACGGAUAAUCUGCGCCUUUUCCUACAGUUAUAAACGCUGAUCCGACUCUCAGGAGCAGAUUAGAGAAAUAAAUUCUGUUUAGAAGUGAAAUAACCGGGUGUUGGUGGAUGAGGAAAGCCGGACCGGAUCAGUCCAGAUCCCCCUUAAAUCCUGUUUCUGUUCUUUAUGUUCAUUCUAAGAUGAUUACACCCUGGCAGGUGACAGUUGGGUUGGCCAUACAUGGGCCCAAAAGAGCUGCCAUCUCAGCGGCUUAUUGACCCUGGAAUGGGGCCGUCUGUUUUGGUUGAUGGUUUAGAAACAGUGGGGCUCAUUUAUCAACACUGGGCAAAUUUGUCCAUGGCAACCAAUCAAAUUGCUGCAUUCAUUGUUUUAUUUGCAGCUGGCUUUAAAAAGCUAAUCACUGAUUGGUUGCUAUAGGUAACUGUCCAUGGGCAAAUUUGCCCAGUGUUGAUAAAUGAGCCCCAGUGAGUUAAAUAUAUUGGGUUCUAUAUAUUGAUUUGUUUAUUUAAAGACAUAACCUGCCAGAUACAAAUAAAUAUGUUGGCACUGCC